AUGCUUCUCAAGUUGGUGUGUGAUGACAGCUGUGGCUUUGUGCGGCGUCUGGGGGCGGCGGAGAUGCGCGUCGGGUGGGUUGUUGAGGAGGACAUUGCACUCUGCGACGCUACGCAGAUUGCGGCGUUGAACGCAGCUAUCAAUGAGGCGCGCCGUGAGACGUGCGCCUCUACUCCCACCGCAGCAGCAAUGGAGGUGCCGGGGCUAGGCGAUUACGCACUUUUGAUGGCCGCCUCUGGGCAGCCACUCGACGUGCGCCGCACCCCGAACGAGCUCGGCCUGCAGACUGGCGCUGCUUUGCAGCUUGUGUACACGGCGAAGCAACUGCACAACGAGGGAGGGGUCUCAUUAAGUAAUGUUCGCUCGUGGCCACGGCAACAGCAGCGACGCGAGCAGCAGAGCUCACCGCCAGCCGUCAACACAGAGGAUGAUACGGAGGAGGAGAAUGAUGAAGUUUAUGCCUCGCGUGAGCUUGGGUGGUUUCCCUUUCUGCUGCGUCCACAUGAGGGGGAGCCGCUGGUACUGAUAAGCAACCCGCACACACCUGUGAGAGAGAGAGACGCGCAUCCCAAUGCGCGGCCGCUUUGCGAAACCUGCGCCGCCCUCGUUUCCCACGGUGAGGCCCUUCGCGUCGCCGUCGACGUCCACUACAAGCCGAUGCUGAUGCGCCAGGACUAUCUUGAGAUGUUUGUGGAGAAACUUGGCGGCGGACACCUGCGUCGUUGGCAGUCUCGCUUUAUACAAAUGUCGGAGAAGUCGAUUGACUGGUUCGCAGAGAAGCCCAAGCCUGGGGUCAAGAGCCGCAUUCACGGUCAUCGCUACAUUGUGCGGGACGGGGAGUGCCAGGUGGAGGCCCUGAUAAAUUGCCCUGACCCGGAAAAGUACUCCCACUGCAAGGACACGCAUUUCAACUGCUUUGCAGUGGCCUUCCGCAAUCCCAGCAAGACGUACUUUUUUCGUGUCAAGACGGAGGAGCAGCGGGAGCUGGCGGUUGAGUUUCUUGAAAAGUGCAUUAAGCGUGUGAGGGAUCGUGCCCCUGUGCAUAACCCCGUCACAUGGAAACAGCGGGUUGACCGGUUUCUUUGCAACGCGGCGCAGCUGGGCGAGCUGUACUCCACCCAACGCAUGGCCAUUGAGGCGCUGCAGAUGCAGGUGCGCUUCCUAGAAGAGGAGCUUGCCGAGGCACUAGAACAGAAGCCAAAACUGCUGGCCGCCGUCGAGACGCAGACAGGUUAUGUGCAGGCGCUAUGUGGGGAGUUGGCCGGGUACGAGGCGAAUCUUAAGCAGGCAAGGCAAUGGGUGCGGGCUGCAGAGGCCCGCGUCGCCGAGGAGGAGCGGCUGCUGCAGGAGGAGCAGAUUGUAAUGGGAGAGGAUAUUCACAAGGUUGCUAUCAUAAAGCGGUACGCCCAGCAGCAGCGCGAAGCGACCGAAAAAAAUAUGGCGGAACUCCGUGUGCGGGCUGCGGCAUUGCAGGAGGAAGAAAACACCGUUUUCCGCAAGUGGCGUAAACUGGAGGAGCGACACCGCGUUGAGCUGGAAACGUUGCCGCACAGCGGGUUGUACUCCUUCUCUGAGGACGGCGUCGGUGUUCCAUCCGGCACCUCACGUCUCUCGAUGGAGCUUGUGGCGUCCGUGGCACGACUCGCGCUCAACUCGGAACCGCCGUGCAGCCUCACUACCUCGUCGCUUUCACCGAGACGCCGAUUGAUGUACUCCACCAGCCGUGAACGGGAGCUCUAA